AAUUUUGCUUUUUCUCGUGUUGUAUUCUUCUUUUCUUGUUUUCACUUGUAUAGAUUAACAUUAACACGAGCGACUCGUUCGUGUGCCAAGAUUUCGAAACACGUUCGUCUUCGCACACUCGGCACGAGCGAGCGAGCGAGAGAAACCCUAGUUUCCUGUGCACACCUCGCAUGCUUUUGCUCGCACGCGCGGCACCUCUUCACUCGCUCGCCGGAAAAUUCGCUGCCGGGAACUCGCCACUGUCGUCUUCUUUCCCUUCGAUCUGAUCCUUCCUGAUCCUGAUUCCCUCCUUUCUCCUUCGAUCCACACCGGAAAUCCGCGGUGGCCGCCGGGAAUUUUUGUACGCGGCGGGGUUCUGACGAAAUUUGGCGCGCAGAAGACGGAUUUGCCAGAGUUUUGUUGAUCGAGCUGUGAUUCCGAGAUGGAAGAAUGUGGAAUUCCCAAUGUCAUAGAUUUUGAAAUGGAUGUAAUUCGCAAUUCUUGAUAGCAUUGGCAGUCAACAAGUCAGUAAGAUAAUUGAAUUGAGAUACUGAAGGUUCAGUGGGAUUAUGGCAACUGAUAUGCAGAGGCUUAUUGGAACCAGCGAAGAUGAUGAUGAAGAAAUAGAGAUGGAUGUGAAAGAAGAGGAUGAUGAGGAUGGAGAUGAAGAGGAAAAUGGAGGUGAUCAUGGAAAUGCUUCGGAGAUGGUAGGGAUUGAUGGUGGGAAUGGUUUAGUGACUGCUGGUGGUGACAACAGUUUUCAACAGCAACAGCAGUUUCAAGAACAAGUUGGAACCCCAGGUGGAUCUGCUCGAAGAUGUAGACCACUAGAAGAGAAAGAACGGACAAAGCUAAGAGAGAGGCGCCGGAGGGCUAUCACUGCUAAGAUCUUGGCAGGGCUUCGCAGGCAUGGCAACUACAAUCUUAGAGUUAGAGCAGACAUAAAUGAUGUUAUUGCUGCUUUAGCAAGGGAAGCUGGGUGGGUGGUUCUUCCUGAUGGCACUACUUUUCCUCCAAGAUCCCAGGGUCAAAGGCCAACUGGUGGUAAUUCUGCAGUUGUCACUCCAUCUUCUCCAGUGCCUUCACAACCAACUCCAUCUGCUUCCAUCAGGGGAGUUGCUUCUGGCUAUAGGAGCUCAUUAGAGUAUAAUACAUGUCAAACAAAAGGUGUUUUCAUGCCAACUCCAUCUCCUUAUGAUCUAUCCUCAAGUUCCCGGUCUCAAACAUCCAUGGUGGGGGAUGGAGAGUUACAGAGAGACAAUCAACCUUUGGUUGGCAGUGGUUCAAUGGAUACUGUUCAUGAGAAGCAGAUUAUUGACUUGCCCUGCAGAUUAUCAGAGCGUGAUCUGGCCGGUACUCCAUAUGUUCCAGUGUAUGUGAUGCUACCGUUAGGAGUGAUCAAUAUAAAGUGUGAGCUUGUUGAUCCAGAUGGUCUACUAAAGCAGCUGAAAGUAUUGAAAUCAAUAAACGUUGAUGGUGUUACGGUUAAUUGUUGGUGGGGAAUAGUAGAAGCACAUGCUCCACAAGAGUAUAAUUGGAAUGGUUACAAGAGACUCUUUCAGAUGGUGCAUGAGCUGAAGCUUAAGCUGCAGGUUGUGAUGUCGUUUCAUGAAUGUGGAGGCAAUUUUGGUGAUGAUGUUUGCAUUCCUUUGCCCCAUUGGGUUGCAGAAAUUGGUAGGACCAAUCCUGAUAUCUUCUUCACUGACAGAGAGGGAAGACACAACCCUGAAUGUCUUUCUUGGGGAGUAGAUAAGGAACGGGUAUUAAGAGGUCGGACUGCCUUAGAGGUCUAUUUUGAUUUCAUGAGAAGUUUCCGGGUAGAAUUUGAUGAGUAUUUUGAGGACAGUUUCAUCUCUAUGAUUGAAGUUGGACUUGGUCCGUGCGGAGAGCUAAGAUAUCCAUCUUGUCCUGUAAAACAUGGUUGGAGAUAUCCUGGUGUUGGUGAGUUCCAGUGUUAUGAUCAAUACAUGUUGAAAAGUCUCAAGAAAGCAGCCGAAGCACGGGGACACUCUAUUUGGGUUAGGGGACCAGAUAAUGCGGGUACCUAUAAUUCUCAGCCACAUGAAACAGGUUUCUUUUGCGAUGGGGGUGAUUAUGAUGGCUUCUAUGGCAGGUUUUUCCUUAAUUGGUAUUCUAAGGUUUUAGUUGAUCAUGGAAACGGGGUACUUUCUCUGGCGAAAUUAGCUUUCGAGGGAUCCUGCAUUGCUGCAAAGUUGGCAAAUAUUUACUGGUGGUACAAGACUGCUAGUCAUGCUGCUGAAUUAACUGCUGGGUAUUAUAACCCAUGUAAUCGCGAUGGCUAUGCAGCUAUUAUGGAAAUGUUAAAGAGCAAUGGAGUUAGCUUGAACAUUGCUUGUGCCGACUUGAACACAUUGAACCAGCUUGAGGUCUUUCCAAAGGCAUUCGCUGACCCUGAGGGAUUAGUCUGGCAAGUGUUGAAUGCAGGUUGGGAUCUUGGCUUACCAGUUGCCGGUGAGAAUGCACUUCCUUGCCUAAACAGAGUUACCUAUAACAAGGCUUUGGAUAGUGCCAAACCCAUGAAUGAUCCAGAUGGAAGGCACUUUUCUUCCUUCACUUACCUAAGGCUUAGUCCAUUACUUAUGGAACAGCAAAACCUACGAGAGUUUGAACGAUUUAUCAAGAGGAUGCAUGGGGAAGCUGUUCUUGAUCUUCAGGUAUAACAGCAAGUAAGCAAAGAAGAGACUCCGGUGGAAUGUGUACAGUGUAUUAUUCUCCCCUGUGAAAAUGUUGGAGUAGCCAGUUACAUAAGCAUAGAAGAGUAAAGAUAGUCAUUUGCUACCACAGAUACUAGUUGAUGCCCAAGUAGUUGUAGAAAUAGAUUAAAAUAAGCUAUUUUUCUUUAUUCAUUUUCUUGUAUUUUAUCAAAGAAACAUCCGUUAAUACCGGGAUGUAAAAUUUGUGCAUACAUCGUUGUGCAAACUCAUUGAGCUUGUGUUAGCUACAGCCUACAGUGAACUAUUAUUUUCGUACAUGCCACUUUAUGAUGUAUACAAGUUUAUA